UUUGACGUCACAUGGCCCAGCCUUGUCUCGGCUCCUGGGGCUGGUCUGAUUGGAGGGAAACCCCGUGGAUUAGCCCGAUAGCCCGUGAGAAUCAGCUGUGAGCCGCGGUUUGCUUAGCUACGACAGGACCAUCGUUUUCCCCGACACUCAGCACUGAGCAGCCAUGGACAAAAGCGAGCUAGUGCAAAAAGCCAAGCUGGCCGAGCAGGCAGAGCGCUAUGACGAUAUGGCAGCCGCUAUGAAGGCCGUCACUGAGGGUGACACUGAACUGUCUAAUGAGGAACGCAACCUGCUCUCUGUGGCUUACAAGAAUGUAGUGGGUGCGCGCCGUUCCUCCUGGAGAGUGGUUUCCAGCAUCGAGCAGAAGACGGAUGCCAGCGACAAGAAGCAGCAGAUGGUCAAGGAAUAUCGGGAGAAGAUCGAGAAGGAGUUGAAAGACAUCUGUAAUGAUGUCCUGGUCCUUCUGGACAAGUACCUCAUUCCCAAGGCGACCCCGGCAGAAAGUAAAGUCUUCUAUCUGAAAAUGAAAGGCGACUACUAUCGCUACCUUGCGGAGGUGGCUGUGGCAGAACAAAAAGCCUCUAUCAUUUCCAAUUCACAGGAUGCCUACAAGGAUGCUUUUGAAAUCAGCAAGGCAGAGAUGCAGCCCACACAUCCCAUUCGUCUGGGCCUGGCCCUCAACUUCUCUGUAUUCUAUUACGAGAUUCUCAACUCUCCUGAGCAGGCCUGUAAGCUUGCCAAAACGGCUUUUGACGACGCCAUUGCAGAGCUUGAUUCACUGAAUGAAGAGUCAUACAAAGACAGCACAUUGAUCAUGCAGCUACUGCGGGACAACUUGACACUGUGGACUUCAGAUAACCAGGGAGAUGGUGAGGACGCUGAUGAGGGGCGGGAUAACUGAGUCUCGCUCUGUCAGUACUUCCCGUUAUUCACCUGCCAUUGUUCCAGCUCACCGUCAACACUGAGACCACCUCAUCGUCAACUUUUGUCUCUUUUAGUUCUUUUACUCUUGCGCCUUCCUUGCUUUCUUCUUUCCCUGUCAUUGUGGGUUUUUUUCUAAGGAUUUGUGUCAUGGAGGUGGGUGGGAGGGGUAAAUAGCGGGUGGGAGGGGCGAGGCAUGGGAAGGGGCCAUGGUUCGUCUGCUGUUAACCUUGUUUUCUCCGCAGGGAGUUCUAGGUUGUCGCAUUAGCGCGGAAGGAGGCGAGUGUGGGCUCAUGCAAAGUUGCAAGUUCAACCUUUUGUUAUACUGUAUGUAAAUCUCUGUCAGAGUAAUUUGCCAUGAUCAUUAUAUACGGCAGUUAAGCAUUUGUGUUUUAUAAACAGCCCUUGUCUUUAAGCAUAUGUGAGGAUAGCAGUGCAAGGCUACAACUAAAGUUACAACAGCAAUGUGUUACAUGGUAAAACUGCUGGCUCACACGUCAUGGGCAAAAAACAUUCCAUUUAUUGUCACUCAAGUUCUCUUAUUGCAGGCAUUUGGUGCCCUGCAAAUGGCAUUUACCUGUUCCCUAUUAAUCACGAGGUAUAGUGGACCCUAAGAACAAAGAGCACAUAAGCUUUGUACGGUUACCGCUUGACUGUACAAGCAGAGCAGUAGGAAAAUCAGUGCAAGUAAUUUUUUUCCUGGUAAUUUGUUUUUAUUAUUUUUUUCCACAAUUUCCUUUCAUUUCUUUUGAUACUUGCCUAAAUUGCAUGUGGCUAUGAAGUAGAUAAUAUGGGGAGGAAAUGGGGGUACUGUCGGCUGGCUAGCUUUGUCAUGUCUUUGGAAUUUUCAUACAGAACACCCAAGCAUAAAUGUUAUUUGGAGGGAAAUAUGUAAUUUCAUGUAAGUGGAAUAAAAAAUAAUUUAACACA